AUGCAAAAGGCUCAGUUUCGAGUGGACGUCAACAUUUCACUUGGCGAAGAUAAUACCGGUAAUAGAGGUGUUCGAACUGAGAUCAAAAAUUUAAAUAGCUUACGCAUGGUGUAUACGGCUGUCAACAGUGAACUAGGUCGGCAGUACGAAAUUCUUAGAGCUGGAGGCACAGUAUUGAAUGAAACACGUACUGUUGACCGCUAUGGCAAUACAAUAGCAAUGAGAGAAAAAGAAAUUGAAAUGGAUUACCGUUUUAUGCCGGAACCGAACCUUCCUCCUGUACAGAUUAAACAAGAAUGGAUAGAAAAUUGUCGUCUAAUGCUUUCCAAACCGCGAUAUUUGAAGAACAUCGAAGAAUAUGGCAUGGGACCAGAAGUCGCACUACGAAUUAUUCAUAUAUAUCUUCCAUAUGAAAAUCAAAAAAACCUCGCAACAUUUGUUGAAAUGGUUUUAAAUGUAUGUGAUGAUGCUGCAAUGGCUUCAGUAUUAGUUGAGUGGACCUUUCUCUUGCAAACAAUUUGUCGCAAUUGCACAAAAAAAUUCCCUGCAUCACGAACAGUUUUCAUUAAUUAUUUCGUGGAAACAGUACAUCUUUUUCACACUAAACGAUUAACCAAGCUGACAACUUUCGAUCUCUUGCGAAGAUAUAUAGAAGCAGAGUUAGACAAAUCGCCAACCGAAAUUAUAAAUAAAGAGAAUUUAUGGCGAAUACAUGAUAAAGAUGAAAUCAUUCAAAUUGCGGAGAAAGUUAUUCGUGAAAAUGACAAACUUGUAAGAAAAAUACAAAAAAGUGGAGCAAAAAGACAUGCCACUAAAUUGCGUGCAGCUGUGCUUAAUGAAUGUAAUCGACGAAUUGAAGUUGAUGAAAUAAGACAAAAUGAAGUUGUAUGUUCAUUUUUUGACUGGAAAUUAAAAAAGUUUUAUCUGUUAUUUCUGAGUGCUUCAAUGAUCGACGAUAACUCAGUUGAGAAGUCUGAAUGCAUGAGUGGUGAUGCACAAAUAGCUCAUGGAGACAACACGAGAGCUAGCUAUACUGCAGUGGCAAUACCAAAACUAGCGCAUUCGAUGCAUGAUCAUGUAGCACAGCCUGCCAUGGACCGAGAACAAACGGGUCACAUCGCAGAGUUAGGCUUCCAGACAAAUUUCCAACUUCGUGAACAUCUGGUAGAGUGUCACGCUAAAUUCGUGGCUCGCGCCCUACUCGCUCCCAAUGUCACCAAGAAAACCCAUUUCUGGCUUCUCACCAAUAUUGCUUAUCAUAGUGAGAAUGUGGGAGACGAUUUUCUGUGCGAUGCUUUCGCAGAGACGGCAUUGGAAUCCACAAAACAAUCGUCAAUACCCCAAGAUGAUCGUGAUAAUGAUGAAUCUUACCUGAAUUCACAAAAACAGAAACCUUUAGAAAGCGAUGAUCCUGAAGAAGCCGAUUAUCAGCCAAUAGCAAAACGAUCUAAUGUUAUGUUCGAAACUGAAUCCUGCAAAAUAAUGACAGCUGUUGGUAACUACUUAAAUAAUGAUCAACAAGUACAGAAUUCAAUAUCUCUUCCAAGUAGUUCGAAAGCGGUUCGAAAAUCAAAUUGCCAAGUUUGCCACGUGGAUGUUUGCACAACAGCACGCCAACGACACGUUUAUCAAUUUCACCUGCGAAUUUCUGAUCUUUUCCAGUGUUCAUGUUGUGACUAUACAAAUAAUAACUCAGUUUGGGAGAUGCGUAAACACUGUACAUCUAUUCAUCAAGGCAAUGCAUAUCCUAUCAGUAAUGAAGAAGUUCAUAAGCAUGAAAUACAGAAUUGGAAUCAGCAAUGUUUCCCGGAUUGGAAGCUGAAGAAAUCACCUUUGUCAAGACAAAAAACAAUAACACUGGAGCAAAAUCAAAUCACUCCGGACGAUAGAGAACUAAAAAUGGUUAGCCAUGGACGUGUUGCAAAUACAUCUUGCGAUGAAGUAGACAGCUGUAAGAUGAAUAGUGAUAAUCAGACACAAUCAAUCAUAGGAGCUGUUGUAGACGAUCGGACGUGUCAUCUGUGCUGGGAAGAAUCUCGUUAUCCAGGACGUCACAUAGCUCAAAAACAUUUGAAGAAAUCACUAUACCAAUGUCCAGUUUGUCAAGAUUUUGGAAGUUACGAAAGUUGUACUGUUGCUAAACAUAUCAGCAAAAUUCAUCCGGAACAGUGUGAUGCUAUUCCCAUCUCCAAUUUGGAUAGAUAUGCUCAGGAAAUUCGUGACUUACAGAAGAAAUGUUUUCCAAACCGACCAAUGAAGCUUGUUCGACUUCAUGUCGGUCGUAGUCGUCCUCGAGAGCGUCACAUUUGCCAAAUUUGUAAAAUACAGGUGGCGCAAUCAGAUCGUCAACGGCAUGUAUACCAUCGUCAUUUAAAGCAACAACGUAUUUUCGAAUGCCCUCUUUGCUCUUUUGCUUCAAACUACGAUAUACAUCGUGUGAAAUGGCAUAUUAAAUGGAUGCAUAAAGAUGAUUCAAACAGAGAACCUUAUUCUCAUGAAAAUGAUUAUAAAGAAGAAAUAGAUCGAUUAAACGAGCGAUGUUUUCCGGGUUGGCAACAUAGGCGGAGGCAGUUUUGGUGGUUGGACAUCGAAGAAACCAAGCAAAAUGUAAAGAAAAAUGUGAUAGCAGAUGUUGAGGAAGAGAAGAAAUCAACGGAGGUAGUCAUUAGUAAACCACCUGUACUUCAGGAAGAGCCUUGUAAAAAACCGAAUGAGUGGACUUGCAUGGUUAGCUGUGGUUUUAUGGAAAUGCAAAAUUUUUAUUAA